AUGACUGAUCUAAGAUCAAAUGACACAUAUAAUGACCAAAGCUUUUUGGAAUAUAGUUUUGAUUCUCAAAGUUCAAAAAUUAUAUGCUUAGACAUUAAUAAAAAUAAAUUAGGCAUUUCAAUUAUAGAUUGUUCUACUGGAACUCUAAAAAUAUUUCCUGUGGAUUAUACCCUUAGUAGAAAAUAUGAUUCUGGAGAGUCCCAAUUUGAUGAGUUGAACAAAUAUAGUGGUGAAAUAAACACAAUAGUUGGACAAAUCUUUAAUGGAUUAGUUCCGAAUCUAUGCCUAGUAUCCUCAAGGUUAAAUGAAAGUACAUAUCAAUUUAUCUCUAACAAAUGCAAUGAGCUUAAUUGUAAAUUGGAACUUCAGAGCAACCGGUACUUCAAAAAAAUUGCAAAUAUUUUAACACUAAAGUUUGAAAGCAAAGAGGAGCAUUCGAUUCUUCAAAAUUUAAUAGCUCAUAAAGAACUUGGAACAAAAUGUACGGUUGGGACUGUUUGCUGCAUAUUAUUCUUUUAUAACCAGUAUUCUGCAGUUGACAGUUCAUAUAUACAAGAUGCUACCACUGAACAGUAUGCUAGUGAUAACAAUAUCGCGUUCGUAAAUAAACUUGAAAUAAUAGAGAUAAAUAAUAGAAUGCUUCUUGGUAACGAUGCCUUCUAUUCUUUACAAAUUUUUGAAUCGCAGUAUAAAGCAACCUGUUCUAAUACAGCUAAUAACGGGUCUUUAUCCUUAUAUGAGCUUUUAAAUUAUACAUCAACAUCAUAUGGAAAGACACUUUUAAGGUCGUGGUUGACAUUCCCACUCACUGAUGUCAUUCAAAUUAAAAAACGAUAUUCCAUGAUAAAGACAUGGCUUUCCAGUUCAAACACUGUACAUUUUGAAGAUUUUAGAAGUUGUCUUAAGAAAUGUCCUGAUAUUUUUACAGUUAUUAAUCAGCUAAAACAAGGCAAAGAAACAUUUCAAACUUGGCUUAAUUUAGAUAAGUUUCUAACAACUGCAGCAUCAAUAUUUCAAAUCAUUUGUUCUUUAAAAUGUCCAAACUCCAAUAAUCUGAUAUUCCAUAUAAGAACAACUAUUGAUGGUACAAAAUUUCACCAUUUAUCACAGAUUCUUCAAAAUGUUAUUGAUUUUGAUAUAUCAAAAGAAUUGAAGAGAGUAAUAGUCUCAAACAAUAUUGAUGAAAGAUUAGAAGAACUUCGAACAAUUGCGGAACAUAUUGAAGAUCUAAUAAUAGAAGAGACUAAUACAACUGAAAAUAUAAUAUUGGAUAUAUUAACUGAAACACAGAAGGACAAAAUAUACAAUAAAUCUACAAAUAAAUUAACUAAUUGUUUAUUUUUGCCGGAGUUAAGUUUCUUAAUAACGGUUAAUAAAAUUGUUGAAGAUCAUUUUGUAGGUUUUAGUAGUCUUGGUUGGGAAGAAAUAUUUAGAACAGACACAGAAAUUUAUUUUAGAACGUCACAAACAGAAUCACUGACAAAUAAAUAUGGCAAUAUUUACUCAACGAUUGUUGAUAUUGAAAUUGAAAUUCUUUAUAAUCUAAAACAAGAACUUCUGUUAGAAUCAAACUUGUUUUGUCAGUUUUAUACACUGCUUGGUGAAUUAGACGUAUAUCAAUCAUUUGCCCUAAUUUCAAAGCAAAGAAACUAUAUAGAACCAAUUAUAACUGAUAAGAGAUGCUUAAUAAACAUAACAGAAGGUAGACACCCAUUAUAUGAAACUUUUCUUGAAAAUUAUAUUCCUAAUGAUAUUUAUAUAGAAGGGGGUAAUUUUGAAGACAAUGAAUGGAAUAAACAAAAUAAUGAAAGAAUUCAAGUAUUAACAGGACCUAAUGCGUCGGGUAAAAGUGUGUACUUAUCCCAGGUAGGAUUACUUAUUUACAUGGCACAAAUUGGGUGUUUUGUUCCAGCAUUAACUGCAGAGAUAGGUAUAGUUGAUAGGAUAUUUACAAGAAUCAGAACUCAGGAAAGUAUUUCUAAAAUUCAAAGUUCAUUUGAAAUCGACUCAGAACAAAUUUCUGAAGCUUUAGCCCUAUGUAGCGACAAGAGUUUGUUAUUAAUAGAUGAAUAUGGUAAGGGGACGGAUGUGGUAGAUGGCCCAGCUUUAUUUGGUGCUAUUAUUCUUUUUUUAUCUGAAAAGAUUAACUGUCCACGAACAAUUGCAUGUACACAUUUUCAUGGGUUAUUUCAUGCCAAUGUUUUAUCUACAAACAUUUCUGGGGUAUCUUUCUAUCAAACUGAUGUUAUACAAUCUGAAAAUAUAGAUAUUAUCAAAAAUAUAACAAAUGAAAAUAUAGGUAUAACUUUUUUAUUUAAAAUAAAAAAGGGGAUAUCAAGAAAUUCUUUAGGAAUUUAUUGUGCCAAAAUAUGUGGAAUGAGGAAAGAAAUUCUUGAGAGGGCAGUUCAGUUAAAUGAAAGAUUAGAGCAAGGUCUAGAUCUUUACGAUGAAUUUCAGAUGAUUACCGAAGAAGAUAGACAAAGUUUUGCUCAGAAACAAAAAAUUAUUAAGGCUUUCUUAUCAUGGGAUUUGGACUUAGAAACCAAUACAAGUAGUGAAUUAUUGAGAAAAAAUUAA